AUGCAUCGGCCAUGUACUAUCGGACAAACAGCUACGGAUCAACCUUCCACUUCUACAACUUAUGGAUUUGAUGAUUUCCAUAGUCGUUUUCCGGAAUUAUGUGAAAGUUCUACGAAACGACGAGAAAAUAUGGAGGAAAGUGUAAUGGGAAAUCAUAUACUAACAAGCAUAUCGAAUCCAUGUCUUUCAACUACUAAUGAUGGUCCAACGGAAAUUCUUCCAUUCCUCUAUCUCGGAUCACAACAGGAUGCUAUGAAUUCGCGAUUGUUAUCAAAAUACGGUAUCAAAUAUGUGAUAAAUCUUAGUGUGAAUUGCCCCGAACCGGAUAUACUGAAACAAGAAGGUCAUUUUAUGCGAAUACCGGUCAACGAUACCUAUCAGGCAAAACUUUUGCCGCAUUUCGAAGAUGCUUUCAGAUUUCUCGAUAAUGUAUAUGAACGUGGUUCGGUGGCAUUAGUACAUUGUCUUGCUGGUAUUUCUCGAAGUCCAACGUUGGCUAUCGCAUAUAUGAUGAGGCGAAAUAAUUGGACAUCCGAACAAGCGUAUAGAUAUGUGAAGGAGCGUAGACCAUCCAUUUCGCCGAAUUUCAAUUUUAUGGGCCAAUUACUGGAAUAUGAGGCACGACUACGAGAGAAGAAUGAUUUGAGCUUACCAUCUAAAUUCAGUCAACAUGAAGAGGAAUGUCAAAGUGAUGACAGUACUGCCAUUUCGACAUCUUUCUUCACGCUAUCCUCUAUUUCGGAUUCCGGCUGUUCCGAUGACGGAUGUGAUAAUACCGAAAAUAUUUUAAAACUGGGAAAAUCGAUCAGUUGUGAUACGUUAUCUCACAGGGCAUCAUCGCAAAUUUUUUGGGAUAACGAUUGUAGUCAGCCAUCUUCAAAAACUAAUGAGAAUGGUAAGCGUGUGAUGGAACCAACAUGUCUACAUUUAUUGGAUCGGCCAAGAGUUCUGGAUGGACUAAAAUCCAAGAAAGUUUUAAGCAUACCUGAAAAAGUAGAUGAAGAUUUGCCAUCACCAUCAACGGAAUUGCAGAAAUUAUCAUUUACACAUUCAUCGGAUACAUUAAAUUUCGCAUCAAAUCCGCUCUUUCACAGCAAAAGCCGCAUGGAUGGAUCGACUUCAGUAUUCACUGAUUCAACAAUGCGAACAAUGCCUCAGAUGAACCGUUAUUCAGCCGAAAAUGUGACAUUCAAUUCAUGUGAUCAUUUAUCGAUUCCGCUUACAUCAUCUUUCAGUAUUUGUAAUCGGAGCAAAAGCCACAAAAUGACAAUGGGUCAUAAGUUUCUGACACGUAUUAGCCAUUAUCUUCGAAGGGGAACCUGUCAGGUGAAACAUAAUAGAAGUAUUACUACUGGUAAUGUUGCUAGAGCUAACAUUGUUGAUCGCAAAUCUAUGAUUAUAUCAAUUCCAUCGGUAAUUCCUUCUUGCCCUUCAUCAUCAGCUAAUAGCAAGAGUGAUGCAUCUUCAUCGAAUGCUUCAGUAGAUGUAGUAAGAUCUCAUGGCAUUAGUUCUUUGGAUAAGACACAUAAGCAUGCUCAGACUUCCACAGCAUCACGUGCACUUCAAGCAUUACGUAGACGACGACUAAUGGAUCAUCAACAUCACAAUCAUUCCCAUUUUAUUGCUACCAGAACUGUUACAGAUGGUAGUAAUAAUGGCAAUAGUAAUGCUAAUGUUACAGAAUCAGUUCUUGAAUCAUCACAAACAUUUCGUGAAGCUGAUUGUGAUUCGAUCAGUUCUACGAGUUCUUUAGAAAUUUUGGUCCAAUAA